GUGAAAGAAGUUGGCUGACGAAGAUGGCGACUGAGGCGCUGAAUGAAGGGGAGGUGCCAGCUCGCGAAUCCGGGCGGAGUGAUGCCAUCUGCAAUUUUGUUAUCUGCAAUGACUCUUCCCUUCGAGGCCAGCCCAUUAUCUUCAAUCCUGAUUUUUUUGUCGAAAAACUCCGUCAUGAGAAACCUGAGGUGUUCACUGAGCUGGUGGUCAGCAAUAUCACAAGGCUCAUUGAUUUACCUGGAACUGAACUGGCUCAGCUGAUGGGAGAAGUGGAACUGAAGUUGCCUGGUGGGGCUGGCCCAGCGACAGGAUUCUUCCGGUCUCUAAUGUCUACCAAGCGGAAGGAAAAAGGAGUAGUAUUUGGAUCUCCACUGACAGAAGAAGGCAUUGCUCAGAUAUACCAGCUAAUUGAAUAUCUACACAAAAACUUACGAGUGGAAGGUUUGUUUAGAAUACCAGGGAAUAGUGUUCGGCAGCAGGUUUUAAGGGAUGCUCUCAAUAAUGGGACUGAUAUUGAUUUGGAAUCAGGGGAGUUUCACUCAAAUGACGUGGCUACCUUGCUGAAGGUGUUUCUAGGAGAGUUACCUGAGCCCCUGCUGACCCAUAAGCAUUUCCAUGCACACCUCAAAAUUGCUGAUUUGAUGCAGUUUGAUGAUAAAGGAAACAAGACUGAUAGACCAGACAAGGAGCGGCAAAUUGAAGCUCUUCAGUUGCUCUUCCUCAUUCUCCCUCCACCCAAUCGUAACUUGCUGAAGUUAUUGCUCGAUCUCCUGUACCAGACAGCGAAGAAACAAGACAAGAAUAAGAUGUCUGCCUAUAACCUUGCCCUUAUGUUUGCACCCCAUGUCCUGUGGCCCAAAAAUGUCACUGCAAAUGACCUUCAAGAGAAUAUCAUGAAGUUAAACAGUGGGAUGGCUUUUAUGAUUAAACACUCCCAGAAACUUUUUAAGGCUCCUGCUUACAUUCGGGAAUGCGCCAGAUUGCACUAUUUGAACUCCAGAACUCAAGCAUCAAAGGAUGAUCUUGAUCUGACAACUUCAUGUCAUUCUAAGUCCUUCCAACUGGCAAAAUCUCAGAAACAGAACCGGAUGGAUUCCUGCUCUCCUCAGGUGACCCAGCAGCGGACGGAAGAGGCACUGAGAGAGCUGUUCCAGCACGUUCACAAUAUGCCCGAAUCAGCAAAGAAGAAGCAGCUUAUCAGACAGUUUAAUAAGCAGUCUGUUACCCGAACACCAGGGCAAGAGCCUUCUACCCCUCGGGUCCAGAAGAGGGCCCGCUCACGCUCCUUCAGCGGCCUCAUCAAGCGGAAGGUCCUAGGAAGUCAGAUGCUGUCAGAAAGGAAGAACAAGGCCCCUACGCUGGAAUCUCCAACCACUGGUGAAUUGGAGAGAGCCAGCAAAGAGAAUAUGAAGGUAUUAUUUUCUGGAUCUCCAGAUGGCACGUUGACACCAACAAGAUUGAAAUGGCCAGAGGGGAAGAAAGAGGGGAAAAAGGGAUUCCUCUGAAGGACUCAGAGCUCUCCGGCUGUCCACCGGUUUUCCCUGCAAUGGGCCAGCUGUCUCUCCGCUCACAGAGAACCUGGGACUUGCAGCUGGCUGCAGCAUUUUGAAUUGAGAAUGUUACUAAUCCUAUAACUUGACUGAUACCUCUAACUCCACUCACUGGGUGUUUCUGCAAAUUCUGCCUUCUGAACCAGUGCCAGCAGCUCUUUUUUUUCAUUAAUAUUGUGGGGAAACCACUAACCAGCCAGUAUUUGUUUAGGCACAGUCUGUUUUUAAAAAUAGGAGAUUUGUGCUCAACUACCAGUGUUUUGUUUUUUUAAGUCCUUUCAUCCCAGUGGAUUGAUGUUAUUUUUAGCAGAUAUUUUGGACUUUUCUCUGUUUUGAUAGUGUUGGGUAUUUUUGUCAUUAUUUCUUGUUUAUUUGUUGCUUGUUUAUUUUUUAAAGCUAUUUUUGUUUAUGUAAUCUAAAUGGGCUUUAAGCCAGAUGUCUUUCCUCUCUUUUACCUUCAACUUUGGGAAAAUUCUUUAUCUCAAGAGGCUGUAGUCCUCAAUACCUUAUUUAUAUCCAAGGAAUUUAUAGCUUUCCUGGAAAAUUUUUAGGAUUUCUUGGCUGUGAGAUUGCAGAUUACUUGGCCUGCAGUAUUGAAAAAGGAGAAUUCAGGAUGAAACAAUAUUUUUUAAAAUGUUAAUUAUUAGAUUGUGUUCUUCCCUCUCUUCUUUCUCUCUCUCCUUUCUUCUUUCCUCAGUGAUGUCAGAUAAUUGAUUGUUGAACUCAUUUCCUUCCUUCAGUUUUCUCUGCCUCGAGCGCCUCUGGUGCCCAUGUGGUGCCAAUACUUCUGACAGAUCACUGUGAACCAAGGGAAGUCUCUAACAGCUUAAUAGAGGUUUGCUGAAAUAUCUGUAUGUGGUGGAAGCUCCGGAUGGGCUGAUUGGUUUUUUUGUCCAGGACGACUCCUUGGGGUGUAUGUGUGUGUGGGUGCUCUAUUGCAUUCUUCUAAGGGAUCAGGUGUGCAGGCUAGACAGUCUCCUGAGAGCCAGCUGGGUCAGAGGAAGGAAGGGAGCAGCAGUCUCCGCAGGAUGUGAAGGAUGUGAAGGAGAGCAUGUCCUCCCGGAAGCAGUGCGGCUUAUCACCAGAGUUCCAGGAGCUGCACAGCCCCUCCUGUCGAACGAGCACGGGGAGGAGUGGGGAGGUGGGCUGGAGCCGCAGGUUUGACGGGUUGAGAUGCUCCUGUGUGUUUGGGGUGAAUAGUGGCAUGGCUUUGAUCUCAUGUAAAUACUCACUGCCCCGCGAGGAGCCGUGGCCAGGGAGAAGGUCCGGUUUGUGCCUGCUCCUUACACGGGUACCGCUCUCACCUCUGUGGGAAGCAGUUGCCCAGCAAGUAUGGUCGGCUGACCUGUCUUGAAACUAUUGACAAUGCUGUGUUCUUGUUGAAAGGAAACUGGCCCUGGGGGACUGAGUUUGGUUUUGUGUCCAGUGUCAGUCCUCUUUUCCAUACUUACUGUUUCUUCUGCUGCUGUAACGGCGAUAGCGAAGGGAAAAAAAGAUAAAAUCUGGCCUUCCAAUUUCAUAGACUGUGAGCAAUUGAUGGUUAGGAGUAUAAAACUGCUUAGAAGCCCCUUUCUGCAGAGCAGUUUUAUGUCAUUCUUGAAAGUACUUAUUAGCAAAUUCAUUCGUGUAAGGUUUCCGUUUGGCUCUUUUCCUUAUUGAGAAAAAAUAAAUUCCUUGCACCAGCUGUCAGUGAAUUCAGAAACCCCUUUUGGUGUGAGCAGAAUGAAGUAGUGUUCUCCCUUCACUCCACACUGUCUUCAUCUGACUGUUUCCCCCGGGUGUGGACUGUCCUGCGGACCUGCUACCCCUCGGCAUCGGGUUUGUGCUGUGGCUCCGUCUGCGGGAGGCUCCUGAGACUCAGGGGACUCGUGUGUGGAGUCCGUAGUGCGCCUGGCUGGGUGCUGAGCGAAGUCUGUCCCAGCAUGUGCUUUUAUGUAGCUCACCCGUGUGCCAUUUAUGUCUGUAUUCGGGUAUGUGUUUCGUUUAAGUUAUUUAUUAAAUAUGCUUUCCCUCGCAUUAAGGGUGUGCUAGGUCAUUAAAAAAAAUAGAAGCUGUGAUCCAGUUGGAAUUCAAAUUUGAGAAAUAAAUAGUAUAACCUUCUGCCUUGUAAUAUGUAACUGUUCUAACCCUGUGGAAUCUUACGGAGAAUGCACAGACAAAGCCCGUCUCAUUGGCCACUGAAGGGCACUGUCUCCCUUUUCACUUGGUGGGAGGGUCUUUUUGAGCCAGUAUUUAAAUUUUUAAAAAAUCUGUAAGGUUUUUAAAAACGUUAUGUUUAUUUUUUAUGUUGGACCAAUCUCUUUGGAGAUGCCUCUUCUUCUGGCUGAUAACAUUUCAUUCUCUCUGGGGUCAGUGGUGAUGCGUUUUGCUGUGUGGUGACUGUGGGCAGUGUCUGUGCCAGAGGGCUCACGCAUACAAACCCAGCCUGCUUCACCGAUGCCCGUCUGCACUGGGGGAGCUACAGUGGGUGAAUCAGUGAAAACAGAGGCAUGGGAGUUUCUUACCUUUUAUGGUGACGGGCUUUUGCACUGGGACCAAUGAAUCUGGUUUGAGAACUCCACUGCAAAAAAUGAAGAAACAAA